AUAAACUUUAAUACACAUCAACAACCGUAUUUUUCAAAAUAACUUAAAUCAGUAUAAAUUCUAGUCAAUUUUCAGUUGAAGACUAUUAACUGAACACCAAAAAUUGUUCAAAAAAGAAUGUGUCGAAAAAAUACCGAAUGGAAUUUGUCUACACUAUUUUUGGCACUCAUAACAAUUUAUGAUUUCACUUCUGUGGCUACUCGUGGUAAGGUACUAUUUUUGUGCUGCACACGAACUACAGUGUUACACAUGUUCAUCGGACAUCCUGACGGCUUGUUCAGUGGAUUACAUUCUAAAUCAAGAGGAACUACCUUAUAAUACGUGCCCGUUGAAUACUACAUCGUGUUUUACGAAAGUAGAAAAUGGUAUCACCUAUCGUGGAUGUUUGACACCAAAAAAAGUCGGCUCAAAAGCGGUUACCUGUAAUGAUGUAAAUGAAUGUGAUCAAAUUUGUCAUACUAGCAAAUGUAAUAGAAAUACAAGUGGUACGGGAUCGAAUUCCUUUCAAACUAAAGUCGACGACAAUGUAGAAAAUAAACCAUUGCGGUGUAUUGAGUGUGACUCACGCAAAGCAGGGGAAGAAUGUGUCGAUACAUCGUUUGCUAAUCGAGUGGAAUGUCCAUCAAAUAUGGGCUGUUAUCAUCAUUUCGAUGGGAAAUCGGUGCGUCGAGGUUGUCUUGUCAAUUUAGACGAAAAGGCUCGAAAAAAGUGUGAAUUAGAUAGUGACGAGUGCAAAAAAUGCGCGGAAAAUGAAUGCAAUUGGAGGCCAUCGUUUCAAUCAUGUAUAAAAACCGAUCUUACUGAAAGCAAAUCGAAAAUAUGCAAACGAUAUACGGAUCAAUGUUUUACACAUGUUUCCAGUGAUAUUGUUCGACGCGGUUGUGUGAGCGAUAUAACUGAAUCACCAAAUGAAGAUGGUAUCAAUAUUACAGACUGUGAACUAUGCAUUGGAUGGAAUUGUAAUUCAAGAACAACGGUAAAAAGAUGUUUGAUUUGUGAUACAGGUACGGAUAAUAAUCAAUGUGCUAUAAAUGCAGUAUCAAAUUAUAGUCAAAUUUGUACAAAUCCAAAUGAUCAUUGCUAUAUAUACAUCGGCGAACAUCAAAUCUCAAGAGGUUGUGUAUCCGAAAGUGAUGAGCUAUUCAAGGAGUGCCAACAAAAUCCCAAAAAAUGCUCUAUUUGCACAACAGAUAAUUGCAAUAACAAAAACAUUAUGGUGGAGACUUGUGCAUCGUGUGAUUCGAGGAAUAAUGAACAAUGUCACCUUGAACCUACUCGAUAUGCGAACAAAAUAUGUAGUGAAAUACAAACGACAGAUCGACUAGGUUGUUACUUACGUGUGAAUGACGAACAUUAUGAAAGGGGUUGCGUUCGUGAUUUGGAUCGAAAUUCAGUAUCUGAAUGUGAAAAGCAAACGGAAAAUUGUAAAACAUGCAAAGCAAAAGAUUGUAAUAUAAAAAUGGAAUUCCAGAGAUGCAUUCAUUGUAACAGUAUAAACAAUCCUGAAUGUAACAUUGGUGUAACAUCAAAAGAGUGGCAGAUUUGUGAGGGAUAUUUGAGCACAUGUGUGACUGGAAUUGAUGCACAUGGCUAUACGCAUCGCCGUUGUAGCAGAGAAUAUCACGAUCAAGACAUUGAAUUUCCGAAUCGACAAUAUAUGGUGUGCACUCAAAAUAUGUGUAAUACAGGCAUUUUUCCAAGGAAUCGUAUUCAAUGCUAUCGCUGCAAUGGAGACAAAGAGAAUUGUGAUUUUAUGCCAUCGAAUUUGAUGGAAAAUAAACUGAAGCUAGUACCAUGUGACAUGUUUUCUACGUUGGACCAAUGCUAUACGUAUCUUGAAGACAAUAAAAUGUAUCGUGGUUGUUUGACUGACCAAAGUGACCACCGUUUAUUGUGCGAAGAUGAUUCGAAUAAAAAAGGUGCUUGUGUAAAAUGCACCGAAACAGGCUGCAACAAUGUUCCCAAAACCAGGCCACCGUCAUUAUCUUGUGUACGUUGUGGCAAAUCGGAAGAAUGCGCGUUUGGACAAGAUAAGAAAAAUGCAGUGCCAUGCAGCAAUAUUGUUCCAUUUGGUGUUGAUGAAUCAUGUUUCAUUCGUUACAAUUUGGUUGAUGGUUGGGCUGUCAGAGGAUGCACCAAUGAUGAUGAUGACAAAACUCCGACUUUCCCUAAUAAUAAUACUCUGUUAUGUAGAACAUCCACUUGCAAUUAUGAUAAUGUCAUACGUUCGUCAUGUGUUUCUUGCGAGAGUGGUUUAAAGGGAAAAUGUGCUGAAAUAUCUGAUGAAAAAAGUCUUGUAAAACAAUGCGAAGGAACAUAUCCAUAUGAAUAUCGUGGCUGUUUUACAAUUAUGAAAAAUAAGACCGUACAUCGUGGCUGUAUCAAAGAUCUCAGUGAAGAGGAAUAUGAAAUCUGUAAAAGUGACGGGAACUGUGAUCUUUGCUUAGAAAGCAAUUGCAACAGAAAUUCUGUAUCAUCAUCAACCAAAAUAGCUAUCAAUAGAUUUAUGAUCGCGGCCAACACUUUAAUCAUAUUCCAUUUUAAUCGAUUCUUAUCUAAUCACAACAUUCAAGAAGCUUCCAGCAUUUAACUAAAGGAAGUACGACCUUCGAGUCUAUA